UAAACACUAGCCGAGUAUGUUCCCUGCUGCCUCACCACGGUCAUGCUGUCCUUUGUGGUGAACUCGAAACUGAUAAAAAUAUUGUCAUCAAUGAACGCGUUUUGCAUUAAAAAUUGUGACUUCGAACUUUAAUUUACUAUUAAAAAUGGAUUUAAUUAUAACAUUUAAAGAGUUUUAAUUGAUGGCAUUCGUGUGAUUGUCAUCAAAUGUUCGUUAUGUGUAAAACGAAAAAGAAAUUAAACGAAAGUGGCGGAUGUACGGAGUAUAAAGCUCGAGAGGUGGGAGUAAAGCAACGCUGAUGCCCGCACCGGCGCCAACACAAUGGAGCAGUGGGUGACGGCGGCCAGCGCACUGUUGGCCUUCCUCUUGUACUACAACACGCUUGACGCUGGAUUUGUUUACGAUGACAGACGGGCGAUCCUCUCCAACCCGGACGUCAUCGGGCAUACUCCAAUAAAGGCUUUAUUUGAAAACGAUUUCUGGGGAACACCGCUCACAGACCCAGGCUCACACGGCUCGUACCGCCCUUUGUGUGUGGCCUCUUACCGGCUGAAUUAUGCCUUGAGUGGAUUCAAGCCAUGGAGUUAUCACUUUCUCAAUAUAUUGUUCCACUCGGUGGCGACAGCGCUAGUGGUGACGACGGCACGCCGCCUGCUACCCGCGUACUGCACGCGAGUAGGUAGCGCAGUGGCCGGCCUAAGUUUCGCCGCUCAUCCGAUACACACCGAAGCCGUAGCUGGCGUAGUUGGGCGGGCGGAUUUAGCGGCGUGCAACUUUUUCCUAUUAAGUUUUUUACUUUAUUGUGAACAUUCGAGACUCCGAAACGAGCACCAAAGGAGGCCAUGCCGGCAUGUCACAAAAGAUAUAACACACCGACAACUGUCAAUUAAUGUACAAAUUUUAAGAUUCAGUUGCCAUGGAUUUUUCGAGCAAAUAGCGACGAAUUUUCGGAAGCUUCUGAAAGCUAGUAAAAUUGGGACACCAGUGCUAAAAACGUGCGAGGUCGAUUCGGGUACUCUGAAGUUAAAAAAGUGUCAGUGUAACAGUGACGUGAGUGCGUAUUCGUACGAACUUAUGCAGUGGUUCACGUUGGCGGGAACACUUUUGUUUGCGACUGCUGCCACACUUUGCAAGGAGCCGGGGAUAAUGGUUGUACCACUUUGUAUCCUCUACGACCUUUUGAGAGAUACGCGUCACGAUGAGUCUUCGUUAAAGUAUCGAUGGCGAAGCAUUUUUGCGCUGGGAACUGGCGGUUGUAUACUCCUCUUCUGGAGGUUGAAAUUCAAAGGGAAUCCAUCGCCUUUCGCUACUGCGGACAACCCAACAGCAAGGGACCCGUCUUUUUUUACUCGACUUUACACUUUCGCGUACCUGCCAGUGUUUAAUUUUUUUCUCCUCUUGUAUCCAUUCCAUUUAAGCUUCGAUUGGUCAAUGGAUUCAAUACCAAGGAUAACGACAAUCUCUGAUCCGAGAAAUAUAUCAUCCGCCAUAUUUUAUUUUGUUUUAUCGAAAUUAACGUGGCGAGCGUUUUUAAUGCAAAUAAAAAUAUUUCACGAUAAAAAGAUAAAAUUUUAUAAGAAAGCAGCUCUGAAAAUUAAGUCGAAAUGGAAUUAUAAUUGCAAGAAACAAAUGAAAAUUUUAGAAAUUGAAAGAAGAACAGUUAUAACUAACAAUGUUAGUAGUAAAGCAUCAAUAUGCCCAUGUAACGGAUGUAAACACUCCUUAACAAUGGAUCAUACAAAUGUUUGUCGUACAAUUAAUAAUAAUAACACAAUGAUGCAUAACUCUAAUUGCAUAUGUGUGAAACCACAAGAAAAAGUAAAAGAAAAGGAAAAAGUAAAAGUUCAAAUAGCUAAGAAGUACGUGUAUAGCACGACACAAGCGUCUAUUAUUGUUUUUGUCGCAUUUAUGGUGCUACCAUUCGUGCCGGCUAGUAAUAUUCUAUUCUACGUGGGUUUUGUUGUUGCGGAGCGUGUGCUUUACAUUCCCAGUAUCGGAUUUUGUUUAUUACUCGGACUAGGAGCAGGUUCUUUGACGAGAAACUGGAAUCGGAAUGAACUACGAUGUAGAAUAUUUAUGUUCACCUUGAUGAUCACUUUGCUGACAAUGUGCGGUUGCACGUUGCGCAGGAAUCUGGAUUGGCAUGAUGAAGAAAGUCUAUUCAGAAGCGCAUUGCAUAUUAAUCCCCCAAAAGCGUACGGGAACCUGGGCAGCGUGCUCACCACACAGGGGAGGAUUGCGGAGGCGGAAGUUGCAUUCGGCCGGGCUCUCAAAUACAGGCCAAACAUGGCCGAUGUGCACUACAAUUUGGGAAUCCUUCUACAGAACCAGCGGCGGUAUGGAGAAGCUAUCACAAGUUUUGAGAGAGCCAUUUAUUUUAGACCAUCGAUGGCAUUGGCAUACGUGAACCUUGGUACAUCACUUAUGGCGGACGGCCGGCUAGCGGAGGCGGCGAGUGCGCUCCGCACAGGCGCCCGUGUGGAAGGUCUGAGGGUCAGGGAUAGAAGGGAGCAUGAUGCUGCAAGGGUAUCAGCUCUGGUGCAGUUGGCUACGCUACACUCCCAGCGUGGACAUUGGCAUAAAGCUCUCUCGGCGUACAAAGAAGCACUACAAAUACUACCAGAUACAAACUCACCUGUUGUUGGAUGGACGAGACAUAGUGUCUUAUCGAUGGCUGGUGAAAUUUAUAUACAAUUGCAGCAAUGGCCACAAGCGGAGCAUAGCAUAUUGUCCGCUUUAGCUGUCGCACCAAAAGAUCUGGGCACACACAUUACGCUAGCUCAGAUUUUAGCGAGAAAUACUAGUAGAGCUCUAGAGGCAGAAAUGUGGUUCAAAAGAGCAGUAACGUUAGCACCAGAUGAUCCUUCAGUUAGAGAUCAAUUUGGUAUGUUCUUGAGAUCACAACGAAGGCUACGCGAAUCGGCGGAGCAGCUGGUUCGCGCGGCGCAGUUGUCGCCGGCAGACGGAACGCGCGCGGCGGCCGCGGCAAGAGCGUUGCGUGACGCACGGCGAUGCCGCUCCGCUGAGCGUUGGUAUGCUCGUGCUGUCGAGCUUAAUCCAGAGGACGGAGCAUACCAUUCCAAUCUAGGUGCGAUACUGCACUUGAAUGGUAAAUACGCCGCCGCGGCCGCGUCUUACCGUCGCGCGUUGCAGUUACAGCCUAACGAUGAAAUAACUAUUACAAAUCUAAAAAGAGUUCGAACAUUAAUGAGUAAGCAGCGUAGAAAAUAAGAUAUAAUAUAGAUAGCACAGCGAUUUACCUCUAUUUAUCAUCAAUUGAAUUAAAUAGGAUGUCAAUUGCCAAAUACAAGAAUGUAUCAAGCGUAAGAUGAAGUUAAUUUGUACCUGCAGACUUAAGGAAUAUAAUAUUUUAUAUUUUUCAUUUUAAAUAUAUAAUCCUAAUAUGUUUAAGGAUACUACAUUACAUUACGCAUGGGCGUCGUCGGGGACCUAGAGGGGGCAGCUGCUCCCCAUAGAGAAUCGCAAAAUGUAAAAUAGAUAUAAAAACUAAUUCUAGGAUCACAUUAAUGACAGCUGCCCCCACUAGAACUACGCAGAUCAAUGGCUGGCGACGCCUAUAACAUUACAUUAAGAAAAGACAAGGCUAAAACAUUUAAGUAGUACGUAAGUCUGAUAUUUUUCUUUACAAUAUUUAAACGUGUUUGUUGAACUAUUAUCUUGUAUAAAAUAUGUUCACAUCACUUUUGUUCUCAUUGAAAAAGAAGUGAGAACUAUAUUCACGUAUUUCAGCAGAAUUCUAUAGUAACUAAUAUGAAAAUGAAAGGACACAAUCGCAACUAAUCAUAAAUUAAACUGAGUCCAAAAUGUUCAAAUUUAAUAAUGUGUACAACUAAUAUUAAAUUCCCUAUUAAUUACUACUUGUAUGUUAUUUAUGAGCCACGAAAUGAACAGCCUCAUAAUAAUUUCAUCAGAUAAAUCUAUUUAUAACCAGUGUUACGUUGGAAUUGAUUAUUCAGGAAUUGAUAUUUUCAACCGAAACACGUAACUAAAAUACUUUACACUAUGUUGUAAAUUAAACCUUGUCAAUGUCAGAAUACAAUUUAGUGUUAAAAGCAGUCAUAUCAAAAAAUCGCAUGUUUAUACCAUAAUAUUCUGGAACUGCCUACAUUUAGCUAGGCCUUAGCAUUAAGAAGGUAACUGUAUAUCAAAUUUAAUAAUGUAUGUAAUUUUUAUUAUACUGUUUAUAUUAACAGGCACAAUCUUUUGUUUUUGCAGCAAUUUUUAUGGCUACGUAUGUAUCUGAUAGCCAUGGUUCUAAUUACCUACGUACAAGGGUCUUCGAACAACGCUGUAGUAGUUAGAUAUUUGUACUGUAAAUACUUUUUUAAAAUAAAAUACAAUUUUAUACGCGUGCUAAUGUCGGUUACAAUAAGAACCCAUCAUUUUGAAAAUUUUGGGCUUAUUUUCCAUGUACAUUUAUUUCGUCUUCCAUUAUAAUUUUAAAUGUCUAUUUUGCAAUCCAAUAAAACUGUUAAAGGCUAGUGUGUAUUAAAAACUGUUUGUUCUCUCGUUUGAAGUAGAGACGAAGUAACUUCAUUUAAUUACAUAAUGUGAUAUA